CAAGAUGCUGGUCCGUGCUCUGCUCUUGCUCAUCUCCGCUGUGGCAUGCGGCAACAGUGCGCACAUCGCGAGGGCGGACGCAGCCUGGGAGAGCCUGGGGUGUGAUGUGGGCGUCGAAGUGACACCCCCUGAGACCCCCGGCAGCCUCCCGGUCCUGACCCUGUGCCAGACGCAGUGCCAGUCUCAGCUCGACCAGACAUGGUUCGUGGGGUCAGUGUACAGGCACGAGGAGUGGCUGGCGAGCGAAUACGGUCUCAUGGUGGAAGUCACGUACGACAAGGACAACACGAUGUCCUGUCAUUUGAUACCCACUCAGCCUAAGUCUGACCUCCUAAGUAAAUUCACUAGCUGCACAACCGAGAACAUUGCCACUGAAAGUCCCUCAGGAACGGAAACUUCUUCUGGAACUGAAAGUCCUUCAGGAACGGAAACUUCUUCUGGAACUGAAAGUCCUUCAGGAACAGAAACUUCUUCUGGAACUGAAAGUCCUUCAGGAACGGAAACUUCUUCUGGAACUGAAAGUCCUUCAGGAACGGAAGCUUCUUCUGGAACUGAAAGUCCUUCAGGAACGGAAGCUUCUUCUGGAACUGAAAGUCCUUCAGGAACGGAAGCUUCUUCUGGAACUGAAAGUCCUUCAGGAACGGAAGCUUCUUCUGGAACUGAAAGUCCUUCAGGAACGGAAACUUCUUCUGGAACUGAAAGUCCUUCAGGAACGGAAGCUUCUUCUGGAACUGAAAGUCCUUCAGGAACGGAAACUUCUUCCGAAACUGAAAGUCCCUCAGGAACGGAAACUUCUUCUGGAACUGAAAGUCCUCCAGGAACGGAAACUCCUGCCGCUUCUUCCAGCACCGAAGGCUCCUCAGACACAGCCAGCCCCGGAAAUGAGAAUUCCCCCGACAGCGGGCUGCCAACGGCCGGACCCGAGACUUCGACCACCCUCCACGGAAGCUCAUCCACCGAUGCUUCUUCCUCAACGAAGGUCAACUGCGUCCAGGAAACCGCUCCAUCGCCUAUGUUGGUUUGCCCUGAAGGAUGGAACCUCUACGACCGGUCCUGCUACCACGUCAGCACUGAGAAGGGCUCGUGGGACGAGGGUCAGCAGUACUGCAGGAGUGUCAACAGCACCUACGCCAAGAUCUCUGACCAUGACGAGAAUACCUUCGUUGUCAGUCUUCUGACAGAUACUACGUGGAUAGGGCUCGAGGAUCAGGACAAGGAAGGAAUCUACUUCUGGGAUGGCGAUUCCAUCCCGAAAUCCUCUGAUUCAUAUGCCGAUUGGGGCGACGGUGAGCCCAAUAACUUCAGAAACGAAGAUUGCGUGGAGAUCAAUGCUUUCAUUGGAUACUUUUGGAACGAUAAGAAAUGCUCAACAGAGAGAAUGUUUGCUUGCAAGAGAGAGGCUGAUGUCGUCUACGUUUAAGCCGCUUCAUGAUGCAGGCGGCGGUGUCUGGCGAGGGACUACGAUAAUAUGGUUUAUGGUGGCCGCGAGCACUACCAUUAGAGAAUUUUGAUUGGCAACAGAGAUAAGAAAAUCUGAAAAUCUUGGCCAGCAAAGGAAUUACAGCGAAUUAUGUCUGAUUGAUAGUGAUAGUUAUGCCACCAUAAUCUAUGUAAGAGUAGAAUUAAAGCAUUAUUCUAAAGA